CUCAGCCCUAGCUUUCAGCUGCUGAUUCCUUGGCGACUGCUGACUACCGCAAACCAAGCCUACUGUGGCUGGCUACGGGAACUUUUGGAGGACAAAAAUCUUUCCCUCCCCAUUGGGCUCUGUUUUGUACUGCUUCAUUCUGUGGGCAAACCCGGGGCGGCAAGUAUUAGUGUCUACAUUGCGCUUUACCCGGGAGGUAGGUGGAGCGGAGUUCGGCGGGGAGUCCGGCUGAUUAAGGCCCGGCCUUGGGAGCCGCUGCUGGAAUGUUGAGAUGGCUCAUCGGGGGAGGCCGAGAACCUCAGGGACUGGCAGAGAAAUCUCCUUUACAGACAAUAGGUGAAGAACAAACGCAGAACCCCUAUACUGAACUGCUUGUGCUGAAAGCUCAUCAUGAUAUUGUACGAUUUUUGGUACAGUUAGAUGACUACAGAUUUGCAUCUGCUGGUGAUGAUGGAAUUGUAGUUGUGUGGAAUGCCCAGACAGGAGAAAAACUUUUGGAACUCAAUGGACACACUCAAAAGAUAACAGCUAUUACUACAUUUCCUUCCUUGGAAGCUUGUGAAGAAAAAAGCCAACUAAUCCUGACAGCCUCUGCUGAUAGAACGGUUAUUGUAUGGGAUUGUGAUACUGGCAGACAAGUUCAGCAAGUGUCAUCCUUCCAGUCCACUGUAAAGGUUUUAACUGUUCUUCAGAGACUGGACAUUUGGCUUUCUGGUGGGAAUGACAUAUGUGUGUGGAACCAAAAAUUAGAUCUUCUGUGUAAGACUAGUCACCUUUCAGAUACAGGGAUCAGUGCUUUGAUUGAAAUACCGAAGAACUGUGUUGUGGCUGCAGUUGGCAAAGAAUUGAUAAUUUUCAGGUUAAUAGAACCCACAGAAGGAUCACUAGAAUGGGAUAUCUUUGAAGUUAAGCGUCUCUUUGAUCACCAGGAUAAUAUUCUUUCAUUGGCUAAUGUCAACGAUUUGCAUUUUGUAACUGGCUCUCAUGUUGGAGAGCUGAUUGUCUGGGAUGUCCUGGACUGGACCGUGCAAGCUUGUGAACGCAACUUCUGGGACCCAUCUCUACAGCUGGACACCCAGCAAGAAAUAAAACUCUGUCAGAAAUCAAAUGACAUUUCUAUUCAUCAUUUCACAUGGGAUGAAGAGAAUAUAUUUGCUGCAGUUGGAAGGGGUUUAUAUGUGUACAAUCUUCAAAUGAAGCGUGUGAUUGCCUCCCAGAAAACUGCACAUGACUCCAAUGUCCUACAUAUCACCAUACUUCCAAACAGGCAGUUAAUCUCAUGCUCAGAAGAUGGCAGUGUACGCAUUUGGGAGUUAAGAGAAAAACAGCAGCUUGCAGCCGAACCUGUACCAACAGGUUUUUUUAAUAUGUGGGGAUUUGGAAGAGUAAAACAAAGCAGUCAACCUGUUAAAAAACAAGAAAAUGUCACCUCAAGUUCACUGGAGCUUAUUGGAGAUUUGAUUGGACACUCAUCUUCUGUGGAGAUGUUUCUGUACUUCGAAGAACACGGAAUAGUGACAUGCUCUGCCGAUCAUCUCAUUAUUUUGUGGAAAAAUGGAGAACGACAAUCGGGAUUACGCAGUUUAAGAUUAUUUCAGAAAUUAGAGGAGAAUGGCAAUUUAUACCUUGCUGUCUAGUUUAAGAAAUUAGAUACCUAUGUAUGAACUUUGAACAUCAAGUAUAUAGGGUAAUACUCUGAAAACCAUUAAUAUUUAUUGUUGCCGUAUUUAGUACAUCACUGACUUGUCUGUAGCAGUAAGUUGAAACCCCAGAGAAACAGGUCUAAUUUUAGCACAGAAGUUUCAGAGUACAGCACAAAUAUGUGUUGAUAGAAAGUUAAAUUAUAGUUCACCCUUAAAUAUUUUAACAUUAGUACUUAAACCCUCUAUUGAGUAUAAUUGUCUUAUACUCUUUAUAUUCAUAAUUUAUGUUUUUAAAAAAUUACAUGUAUUUUCUUCCAUGUUGCCUUCAGGAUUUUGAAAUACUUUGUUCUAAUUAUACCUGUUCUUUCUUUAAAAAGGAACCUUGUUAUAAAAUUAAUCUCUCCCAAUAGGAAAGGAAGAUUACAUAGUAAUCUCAGUGGGGCUGCUAUGUUCUGAAUUUAUCCAACUUGAACCUAAAACCUGUGAGGAGGUAGAAAUAUAAAACUUGUGUUAAUGUUCUGCAGAGUAAAAUUGACUCCUACUCUCUGACUGCAACUUUUUUUUUCCAGUGGGGAAGGGUUCCCAUAGAACCUCUUGUUCGUCAUUUUUUACCUAGGUAGUAAAAUCUCUGUAAACUUCAGGAUGUUCUUGAUAAGUACUAGACCAGACACUUCCCCUCAAAUAUGACAGACAUGAGAGAUCAGUAAAAAGUGUUGCCAAAUUGCCUGAUUUGCUUUAUGUUUGACUUAAAUGUGAGAUGCUUGAGAAAGUUUCAUUAGUGUAGUUCCCUAUGGUAACCACUGAAAUUUAAUCAUCUUCAUACCCACCGGCCUGAGAGGAUAAUUUCUUUCUCCCUGUUUGUAUUUAUGAAUGUAAAAAACAGGUGAGUUUAAUUGUGGAGUUAAACUGAGGAUAAAAAUGUACUAAAGCAAGUGCAGGGAGAGUAAUAAUGUUAGAGGACUAG